UAUAUAUAAGGCCGCUUGCAGGCGCAGGUACCCACACUUCCUCAAGAGGUGUGAUAUCUUUCUCUUCCUCCUGCUUGCCUGCCUGCUCGCCUGCUGGAAAGAUGGGAAGUCUGAAGGUGAUGGCGAUGGUGAUGGUGGCGGUGGUGAUGGAGGCACAUGGUCACAAUUACGGAGGAUAUGGUUCAGGCCACGGCACAUCAUUGGCUAAACAGACAACAACCGCCACCGUCAGCUCCACCGUCAUUACCACCGCCACACAAACUGUUACAGCCACGGCCACAAAGACAGCCACAGCCACAGCCACAGCCACAGCCACGGUCACAGCCACGGCGGGCGGUGUUGGACUAGGCAAUGGUAAAGGUGGAGGGCGUGGCAGAGGCCAUGCUAUUGGACAUGGCUAUGGAAAUGGAGGACGUGGCAGUCGUGAAGGGCGUGGUAAUGCUUAUGGUCAUUUGAAUGGUUGAAAUGGAAAUCGAGGAAGAGGCGUUGGUCAAACCACGACCGUCGAUUAAAUAUGGCAAGAGAUCAUAUUUCCUCUCCUUUUCUUUAACCCUCUUCCUCUUCCUCCUCCUCCUCCUAUCCUUUCCUCUUCCUACCCCUCCUCCUCUCCCUUCCUCUCCUUUUUUCCCCCUCUUCCUCUUCUUCCUUCUCCUCCUAUCCUUCCCUCUUCUCUUCCUUCCUGCCAUUCCUCCUUUCUAUAAAAUCCACAUACCAUAACAUUUGUCUUCUACUUCCACUACUACUACUACUACUACUACUACUACUACCUCUACUACUACAACAACUGCAACUACAAGGCAAGGAUCACCUGGGAGUCUACGCUGAACUAAUUUUGAACUUCAUUAGACAAAAAAUAAAAGUAAAAUAAUAGUAAUAAUAAACAAAUAAAUUUACCUGUAUUUUUCAAGUCACCUGAUUCUCACCUUUGAUUGGAUUAUAUUAUUUGUUUCGUUAAUUAAUAAAUAUCUGAGCAUC